UCAAUUAUUUUAUUAUGUUAAAUCUUAAUGCUUUAUCUGCUUACUGUUUAGUUGCUAAUCUUGGAAGUUCUACAAAACAAACUAAAGUUGAAAAGGUGUACCUAUUAUUGUUUAUUAAUUAAUCUUACAUCUUACCCAAUAAUUUAAUAGGCUACUAUUGUGCUGAGCAUUAUGUCUAUGUGCAUGUGAUUCUAGGCCUAUGUGUAGAAGUAGAAAGCUAGAUCAAAUCCUACAGUAAUAUCCUAGAAAAUAAAAAAAAAUUGAAACCAUUUUACCCUACAUAAGGAUGCUUGGCUAAUAAAAAUGGAAAGGCCUAAAGAAACAACCACAACAAACAAUAAACAAUUGCCAGCCUGGAUGAAAUCAACAUCAAAACUGGUUAAAGACAGAAACGCUAGCCCAAGCGAUUCAUUUUUACAUGAGGAUAGACCAUUCUUGAAAUUCAAAGGAAAAGUUAGACAUUCAAACAAAAUUGGGGACUGCGGAUAUGUUUGUGAAGCCAUUUUAGAGAAACUUGAGGGUUUAAAGGAGCUUGUUGUGGGGUUCGAUCUGGAAUGGCCUGUUCAAUGGACAAAGGGAGAAAGUCAGCACAAAACUGCCCUUAUACAAUUCAGUCCCAGCGUUGGAGUUUGUUAUAUCUUCCAGGUGACAGAAUGGAAGAAAUUACCUAAAGUGUUCAUCGACUUCAUCAGCCAUCCCAAAGUGCGAUUGGUUGGAGUUAAUAUCAAAGCAGACAUCUGGAAGCUGGGAAGGGAUUUUGAUAUCUCUGUCGCCAACAUCGUAGAGAGUAAUGUCAUUGAAUUAAAAUCUUUAGCAAACCAAAUCUUCUCUACUCAAGAAAUGUGGAGCCUAGAUCGACUUGUACUGUAUGUGCUCAAAAAACAACUUGACAAGUCUGAUGUAAGGACCAGCAACUGGGCUCAAAAAACCCUUACAACUCAUCAGCUGGGCUAUGCUGCCACGGAUGCUUAUGCAUCUUUGCUGACGUACCUACGACUGAAAGAGAUUGAAGAACAAAACUCAAAAGACAAUGUCGCCUCAUAACGCAUCUGGAACCUCGGCCCCUUAGGCUGAAGUGAGGCACUGAUGAUCAAUUCAAAAUAGCUAGUUGUGUAGCAGGAUAACUGUCCAUGUGAAGGAAUGUACAAACAGAGAAGUUGACCAGCCAACUACAACAGUCGAGGCUCUAUCCCAAGCCAUGUGUCAAGCGCUAAACUUGUAAAUUCCAAAAGUAAGGUUUGUGCUGACAGUAGAGUUUGAAAGCAGAGACUCCACUGGAUAAGGGAUGAUUGACAAGAUCUGUGAAAUCGGACUCCAAAGCUCCAAUUGGCUUGUGUGAAGGGGCUCAGUGGUUUAUUGUUACUAUCAUGGAUUUGCUGUAAACUGUUCUACUGCUUUUUUAGUUGUUUUUAUUGAAAAAAUGUGACAUACUGUUUUU